CUCUCCUUUGGAGGCUUCAGGGGGGCGAGUCCCCCUUCCCGGAGGCGCGGCCAGGAGGGGGGCUGGCGAGGCUUCGCAAAAGGGGCUCCGCUUCUUCCUCCGCGCCGCCGCAGCUCCUUCGCCGACAGCAAUGAAGAUACACUCUUGAUGGCUUCUCCAGUGUCUCCUCCCUGUGGUGAAGGGAAAAGGCCAGCCAUGCAACCAGCUGAGGGUGGGGUGUCCUUUGAAGAGGUGGCUGUGUAUUUCACCCAGGGGGAGUGGAGAUUGCUGAGCCCAUCCCAGAGAGCUCUCUAUAAGGAAGUCAUGCUGGAGAAUUUUGGGAACGUGGCCUCUCUGGGGCCUCAGAUUGCCAAGCCGGACCUCAUCUCCUGGCUGGAAGAGGAGGAGAAGCAGUUUCCCCUGAUCUCUGAUGAAGAGGAGGGAUUGGCAGGUAGCUGUCCUGGGGUUGUGCGUUGCCUGCGCUUCCUCCCAAAGGCUCUGGCAUUUCUGUGUCCUUGUGUGUCCUCAUAGGUUGAGCUGCUUUUCAGACUUUUCUGCAUGCUUGACUUAUUCCUGAUAUUCUUAGCAGUUGAUCCACAAGCACUGGAAUCAGUUUGAGUCUUGUUCUUCCGCAUUUCUGCUCUCCCUCUUCAUUUCUGCAGUUGUGGAGUCAGUUUAUUUUCUUCCUCAAGUGAGUUAAAUAAUGAGGAUUUUCUAGUGAUGGAAAUGAAUUUAGCGGACUAGAGUAUUUUCAUGUGCCUUUCCUACUUUCAUGUAAUGGAGAUGUAUUUUUACUGUGCAAAAAGUGAACACUGGGGUCAAGUGCCCAGGCAGAUGACAUGUGCAAAUGGCAGUCACUGUGAGGUGCCUGUUAUCUGAAGUUUGGUGAAAGGCUACCCACAUAUGUAUACUGGCCUAGCUUACUGGUAGUAAGAUGCACCUGUAACCACUAUGUACUAUGCCAUACGUGGCUGUAGAAUAAGAAUAGAGGAAAGGGGGGAGAAGGACCAGCUGCAAGUAGGACAGCCAGAGGGAGUUUACCUUCAAGAAAUAGAAAUAGCAGACACCGAACUUUGUUCUAGAAAGGAAGGACGCAGAGAUAAGGACUUGCGUCCUUUCCCCUAGACUGGCAGGACGCGUCAAGGACAUGAAGAGCUCCCAGGUGUCAGAAGGGAGCCUAAGUAGCUUCAAAAGUAGUAUUUUGCCUGCAAAGCACAAAAUGUUGCUAAUAAAAGAUGUUCCUCGACAAGAUAUUCUUGAGGUGAUAAGCAAUGACGUCCAGAAUUGUUCUUCCGAUGUGAGAUAGGGGUGGUCACUUGGUUGGACCAAUGUAGUCCCAAGGUUAUAACUUAUGUAACUUAUGCUAAUUGACCCAAAGGUAUAAAAUCUUACAUUGUAGCAUCAUAGCUCCGAAGAACUGAUCAGUUCAAGGAGCCCUUUUUUCUCCUGGUAACUGUAUUAUUCUUCCUUUGCUUAUAA